ACAUCGACCAUGGCUCUUCCGGUCCUCCCAAACUCUUCAAACUUCCUGGGCGUGGCCCUCGUCAUAAACAGGAACCGUGACGGCCCCAGGUUCGUGUUUCACUACCCUCCUCACAUUGUACCUGUUGCGGAGCGACGCAGUGAGGAGGGCGCCGAUGAGGAUGACAUCCUGCUCGACAAGGUCGCAGCAGCCACCGAUGGCCUGACGCCCUACAAUCUGAAUAUCUCCGAUCUCAUAUCAUGGAACCAGGAUGACCAUAUCAUCACCGAUGGUGGCACCCAGAUCGUUCCCUGGGAGCAUGUUGCUGGAUUCCCCACCAAGGACCUCGAGAGCAUAUUGACCCCGGCAAGAGCCUACCACAAGACGCUCUUCCAGAUAUCGCUCGACCCGCUGUAUUUUGUGUCAUAUCCUAUACACAAGCCCGAGAAUGGCAUAUGGAAGAAGAAGAAGAGUAAGAAGAAACAGGAGAAGUCCAAGCACGAGGAUGCGGAUGCCAACCCCCGCAAGGAUGACGAGCAGAUCUCGCCAAACGAUGAGGGCGAGGGCGGCGGCGGCGGCGGCGAGGCCAAUGACAAAGAAGAAGGCGACGCCGCCCAUGAUACGACCGCCGGUGAAGAGACAGAAGACAAGAUCAGCAACAUGACCAUGUUCAACCUGGUCUUCAUCCUCAACCCAAAGAAGCAUGAGGCCAGGGACCUGAUCGACACCAUGUACACCAACAUCAUCCGCAAGGUCAACAAGGCCUACAAAUACGUCCAGCAGCGUAGCGACUUCGUCUGGAAGGAAUCCAAAAAGAUCCUGCUGCUCAAGGACAAGGCUCGCGAGGAGAGGAGGAAGAUGAGCCAGCUGUGGGAGGAGAUCCUGCAGAGCUCCUCGCUGGCCGCAUCGAUGCAGGACCUGUACGAGGCCAUCUCGCACAACAAGAUCGCCGCUCUCCAGCUCGAGACGGGCGAGGGGACCAUCACACAUUCGGUACAGAUCCCGGUGCCCUUCCACAUCGCUGAUCUCCCACCCGUCGACCGUGAGGAGGAUAGCCGCGGCCUGUGGAUCACAACAGCCAAUUCUUUUGUAGGCGACCAUAAUAAUGACGCCCUCGACGAGUCUCAGUACCUAGAUAGGAAUUUUGCGUUGCUUCUCAUGGGCGAUGACAAGAAGAUCAUCUCUGAGCUCUCGGCCGACCCUGAUGAGACGACCCUCUCCAUGAUCGAGUUCGUCCGACACUCCAAGCCCAUCAUCUCCUUCCAUCAGGUCUCCCAACAGACCAACAACAUCCUCACUCUCGGUCAAGUCCGCAAAUAUGCCCAGCACUUUAUCUUCUGGCGGCGCGCCAUUGCCAUCCCGCCCCUGCACGCACGGGACGUCUAUGUCCUGUCGCCCAACGCAGACAUGAAGACACUCCCACGCGCGUCCGCCGCAUGGGCACGUCAGUUCCCUUUUGCGCCUGCUCUUCCCAACUUCCUUUCCGACCUCUCCGCCGCGCCCAAGCCCUACAAGUGGUUCUGCCCGUCCAAGUCCUUCCGCCCAAACUAUCUCCACAUGCUGGCCUGGCUUAUGCGUGGCGGCUGGGUGAUGCAGCUCUGCACGUUUACAUACGUCAUUGUCUGGCCCGAGAUCAUCUACGAGGUGGACUAUGCGCUCGAGGCCGAAGAGGUCGCCCGCGCCAAGAAGGCCCAGGCUGCCGCCACCGACGAGCUGGCUCACGCGCCCGGGGAGCGCAAGAGGCGCGGGAGCACCAACUCGGGCAUGGCGGGAAGCGCGCCCACACUCGCCGAGCAGGUCGCCGAGAAGGCCCGCCUCGAGCGCAUCGCUGACAAGGCGGCGCGGGAACUCGCUGAGAAGGCCACAGCGCACGCACGCAAGGCCUCUCCCCGUGCCACGGAACACCCCAGCGUCAACGGCGCCGCCCACCUUGCUGGCCUGAGCCCGUACAUCAUCCUCGAUGCCAAGAAGACAACAGGCAAAGAGAGCCUGUACCUGAGUGCGAUCGGCCGCCGGCUCAGGGAGAGGCGGACAGAGCCGUCUGACUGGGACGAGAAGGUGGCAAACCACUGGCCUGUGUUCUGGAAGUACUUCAACGGGCGGUCGGCGCUGGAGCGCAUCGCGCUGCAGGAGGAGAUGAAGAGGAAGGAGGUGUGGAAUCUGCUGACGGCUAUGAGCGAGUACCUUCUCUGCGUGAGACAUUGGUGA